GUGGGCUGCACAAACUGCUGAACAACAAGGCCUUCCUCAUUAAGUUCAUCCACACCCUGGAGGCCCAGCAGGGCUUCUCCCAGAGGGACCGCGGCUACGUGGCCAGCCUGCUCACUGUGGCGCUCCACGACAAGCUGGAGUACUUCACGGAGGUGAUGAAGACCCUGCUGCAGCACCUCGUCCUGCAGUACGCCUCCAAGAACCCCAAGCUCAUGCUGCGACGGACAGAGACGGUCGUAGAGAAGAUGUUGACCAACUGGAUGUCAAUCUGUCUCUACUCCUUCCUCAAGGAGGUGGCGGGGGAGCCUCUCUACAUGCUCUUCAGAGCCAUCAAGUACCAGGUGGACAAGGGCCCGGUGGACGCCGUGACCGGGAGGGCCAAACGCACGCUGAACGACAGCCACCUGCUGAGAGAGGACAUCGACUACCGCCCCAUGACUCUCUCAGUGUUGGUGAAGAACGAUGAGGACGUCCAGCCCUGUCCGGUUAGAGUGCUGGACACUGACACCAUCACACAGGUGAAGGAGAAGAUCCUGGACCAGACGUAUAAAGGAGCAGCCUUCUCCCAGAGACCUAGUGCCCAUGCCCUGGACCUAGAGUGGCGGUCUGGCCAGGCAGGUCACCUGACCCUCUCAGAUGACGACGUCACCGCUAUUGUUCAAGGUCGCUGGAAGAAACUCAACACCCUUCAGCACUACAAGGUCCCUGACGGAGCCACGGUGGCCCUGAUCCCCGCCUCCCAGGCCUCCACCAAGGGGAGCGUCCACCAGGUCUACCAAACCGCCGAGAAGACGCCCAUCCUGGAGGAGGAGGAGGAGGUGCGCCUCUGGCACCUGGUGAAGAGCAGCGAGGAGCCGGACGCACCGAGGAGGAGCAGCAUGAGGGAGAGGGAGCGGGCGAAGGCCAUCCCGGAGAUCUACCUCACCAGGCUGCUCUCUAUGAAGGGAACGCUGCAGAAGUUCGUGGACGACGUGUUUGUAGCGAUACUGAACACCAAGCGGCCCCCGCCCAUCGCCGUGCGCUUCUUCUUUGACUUCCUGGAUGACAUGGCGGAGAAGCACGCCAUCGACGACCCGGAGACGGUCCACAUCUGGAAGACCAACAGUCUUCCUCUGAGGUUCUGGGUUAACAUCCUGAAGAACCCCCAGUUCGUGUUCGACGUCCAGGUGACGGACAGCAUCGACGCCGUCCUGUCCGUAAUCGCCCAGACGUUCAUAGACUCCUGCACCACGUCCGAGCACAAAGUGGGCCGGGAUUCCCCCGUUAAUAAACUGCUCUACGCGCGGGAAAUCCCCCGAUACAAACAAAUGGUGGAGCGUUAUUACAGCGACAUUCACAGUGCAGCUUCUGGCUGUUACCAGGAGAUGAACUCCACCCUCACAGGACUAUCCGGGAGUUUUGCAUCAGAGAUGAGCAGUCUUGUGGCGCUUCAUGAACUCUACAAGUACAUCAAUAAAUACUACGACCAGGUGAUGGCCUCUCUUGACGAGGACAGCGGAGGUCAGAAGAUGCAGUUAGCCUACAGACUACAGCAGGUCGCAGCCCUACUGGAGAACAAGGUCACUGACCUCUGAUCAGCCUACUGAAAACAAGGUCACUGACCUCUGACCCUCUCUGAUCAGCCUGCUAAGGUUCUUCUGAUAACAUUGGGUGACCUUCACCAAGGUUGAACUCUGACCCUCAACAGACCCAUAAUUCUGAUUGGUCAACAAACAACCAAUUAAAAUCUGCUAUUUUCUGUGAGGAAGGGGGAUUGCUAGUAUUAUAACGACAUACUCCUGAAAUACAACCAUUACUACAUAAUCCUGAAACACUAAGACUACUACUUACUACUAAAAUACUAGUACCAGCACUACUUACUCCAGAAAUACGAGUAUAAUUACUACUACUACUUACUACAAAAAUGGUAGUACUAAUGCUAUGUACUCCUGAAUCUAGUAGAAUUACUACGACUACUACUACAACUACUUACUACUGAAAUAUUAGCACUUCUACUACGUACUCCUGAAAUACUUUUGGUGUACUACUAAGUACUCCUAAAAUACUUGUGCUAAUGGGAUGUACUCCAGAAAAACUACUGCCAAUACUACGUACUACUGAGAUACUAGUACUACAUUGACAUACUCCAAAAAUACUACUGCCACGUGCCAAGUUUAUUAAGGUACCACUCAUUGAAUACUGCUACAGCACUGCAGUUUAUUCAGAUUCCGUACUACUAGUAGACUAGCAGACUAGUAGUUUAUAUAUUUCAUUGACUUGAGACAAUCGAAUCGAAGUCAGGGCUGCUGUGAAAAAUCUCCCAGAAGUCCUUGUUGCAGGGUCAUGUUUUCUAUGAUCGUAGAUUUCGAAAUUUUUCUAAGAUCGUAGACUUGGACAGUUUUCUAAGAUUGUAGACUUGGACAAUUUUCUAAGAUCAUAGAAUUUGACAUUUUUCUAAGAUCAUAGAAUUUGACCGUUUUCUAAGAUCGUCGACUCUGACAGUUUUCUAUGAAAGUAGACUUGGACAGUUUUCUAAGAUAGUAGACUUUGACUGUUAUUUUUAAGGUUAGGGCUGGAGAUACAUCCAGUAUUUUAUGAUAAUGUUUACUGACGUGUGAAAAAUCUCCAGACAAAAGGGAACAUUUAGCAAUACGCUAGUAAGACGGUAGGCCCCCAACUCAAUGUGAGAAAGGAGAGUAAAUGAUUGCGUGUAAAUUAUUUAUUCUUAGGAAAUCACACAUGUGCCUUUUUCUUUCAUUACCAACUCAUUACUGAAUUUUCAGUAUUCUGCCUGACUGCCUGUCUGUCUUCCUGCCUGUAGAUCUGUCAGCCUGUACGCUGUGAACUGCAAUUAUAUCCCUCUCAUCCAGACUGUGUGUGUGUGUGUGUGUGUGUGUGUGUGUGUGUGUGUGUGUGUGUGUGUGUGUGUGUGUGUGUGUGUGUGUGUGUGUGUGUGUGUGUGUGUGUUUGUGGG